AUGUCCCACUACGUUCCCGUGCCGAAGUCCUACGAUGAAGGUGAUUUUGCGGGAGAUGAUGACGAUUUGGACGAUGAGGACGGUUAUGACUGUUUGAGUGACUACGAUGACGACUUGGAUGGUGGUGGAAGUGCUGCUUGUGGCGAGGGUCCGAGUACUGGAUCCGAAAGGCGCGAUAAUUAUACUUCUCGCUCUUUGCAUCAUCAUGGAGGUAAAUCCAGUGGAGCCGAUGUUGGUCGCCACAGGUCUGAUCCUCGUCGUUAUCGGACUUCAAGUGAUCGAGUCAUAUCCGAUCAUGCAGAUGACAAUCGACGAGAUCAUCACAACCAUUUAGAACGUAAGCGUCGUGCAAGCAUCAAAGGAAGCUAUAGUGAGCUUCGUGAAGCUAUUCCUAGUCUGCGUGGUUCGAAGGCGUCAAGAGCUGUUACGCUUCAGCGUGCCGUCGAGUAUAUCGAAACCUUGACAAAAGCUAAUCGGGAACACACCAAGUGUGUAGAUGACCUCACUCGUCAAAACGAACUUCUUGAGCAGCAGAUUCAGGAACUCUACCAUGACUAUCAGUGCCUAGAAGGUAAUGAAUAUACUGCCGCUCAAUCGGCAGCUGCAGAAACAUCAGUUGCUGCAGCGACCCUGACUCAAGCAGGACCUCCGGCACCAUUCAACACCAACUCAUCUCCGGCGCACCCAACAGCCAUGCCCUCUGCUGCUUCCUGUAAUGUUACUUCAUCGACGGGAAGUUCAGUACCGGCUUCUACGGCACCUACCAUUAAUGGUAGUUAUAACAAUACUACAACCAGUCCUGGUGGUUUCUCAAUUCCUCUGCGUGUUGUUCCACAACACCACCUCGCAACAGAAAACAACCCGUCGCCUUCCGACGAUCAGCCUCAAGCAAUGAUUCCAACUUCGGGCCUGGCUCAGCUCAGCUAUGCUGCAUUGCACCUCCAGCAAAAACUCACCCCUCCCAAUACACCUACCGUUACCAAGUCUCCAGUUUCCACUUCAACUGUUGUUGCGACAAACCCGCCAUCAGUGGCACGACUUAUCACGGUCGAGUCAUCUACUGCUGUUCCUACCCCGUCGUCCCGAAUCACUGCCACCGUCCCUCAACGUAUACGUCUUUCAAAUUCCCUGUCUGCUGGCGGAGGCAAGCCUGUCGUAGUGGUGCCUUCUUCAGGCUCGUCUACAGCCUCAGCCACCUUUUCUGCCCUUGACACUGCCGUCUUGAAGGCCAGGACAGCCCGGCCACCCUUAGACCACGUAGUGGUAGGGAGCAACGUAGAAGUGGUUAGCUCAUCUUCGUCAAAUAUGGCGCCAUCUUCGUCAUCAGGCCAUCCCAGGCGCGUGGUCAUCGUCUCGGCACAGCACCAAGAAUGCUCAUCACCUGAUACCUUUGAGUCCACCCAACACACCGAGACAGGUCAUUCAAUUGAGUUUCAACUUCCUUUCUUUCCUCGUCGCACCCUUGGGAUGCCAACCAGGAAUGGUCGUGUCUUCAUUUUGAAACGCCCUGCGACUGAGACACUUUCUGAUUUUGUGCUGCGUCUCACUGCCAAGCUCAACACCUACUUUGAGUCGUCUCCUAAAAAUGAUAACAAAACGAGCCAUAACCUUGUCCUACGGACAACGGAGGCUAGUCUCAAUGGCGGUGAUUGGAAACUAAGUGAUUCGUUGGAGAAAGUAUUUUCCUCAUCACAGCACAUGGAAUUCUGUUUAAAUGUCGAAACGGAUAAGACAACUCAAGUUGUUUUUGAUGUUCGAUUUCGUCCUGCCCGUGUGAAGAGUGCCAAGCUAGAUUUAAAACCUUUUGAGGGAUGCCCCGUCUGUCCUGCGAUUGCAGAGGAAAAUAUGGACAUGGGAAAGUCCAAAUUUGAGUGGUUCGUCUCGACGAAUUUAGCUGCUUCUAAGCGCGAUGUCACCUGGACCACCGAACCCGUUCAUGAAGGUUUCGUGUUCACGCCACAGUCAGAACAUGUUGGGCGAUUAAUUCGUUUGCGCAUCUCACCCUACGACCCUGAGGGUCUACCUGGACUUCCGUUCGGUGACUUUAAAUCCGCAGGCGAUUUGUCGUUCCCAGACCAGUUCAUCGUUUGCCCAGAACCCGUCGCUCGUCCUCCGGUUCAAGUGCUGCUUCAUAAAAGAAUCCAAGAAUGCGCUGAGCACGUAAAGGGAUCGGGCGAAUUUCGUGUGGUUGGCUACAACCUCCUAGCCUUCAUGUACAGCACGACGGAGGGUGGAAGGACUUUCUUUUUUCGACAUUGUCCACCGCCAUACCUUGAACCGGAGUAUCGAUUUCCCCUGCUUCACCGAGAAAUACUCGCCUACAAUGCUGACCUACUCUGUCUACAGGAGGUCGACGCCUCGCACUUUCAAUGUCGUCUCUCCUUCUUGCUAGAACACGCAGGUGGCUUCGAGGGGUGUCAUUUGAACAAGCUAUUGGUCGAGGUUCCAAAUGGUUUGAAAGAACUGCCGCCGCCAAUGCCUGUUGAAUCCUAUCCCAGGAAGGGUGAGGGCGUGGCUACUUUCUUCCGCCGCGAUCGUUUUCGCUUGGUUAAGAAGGUGACGAUAGACUCAAUAAUGCUCUUCGCUGAGUCCACCUACAAGGACCUGGCUGCUGAAUUCAACCGUCUUUCGGCCUCGGGUGAAGUGCCGCUUUACCUGUGCAUGAGGUCACGAGGUCAUGGGCUGCUCGUGUUAAUUUUGGAGUGUAGAAACACAGGGCAACGUCUUCUCGUUGCUAACACACACCUCUACUUUCACCCAAAAGCCAUGAAGCUGAGAAACAUUCAGUGUCGAACUGUGCGUCGUCUGUUAAUGGCGUUGGCUAAAGAAUAUAGCACAAUGGUCGGACCAGACGGUGAAAUAUUGCCCUUGCCGAUCAUCCUCGCCGCAGAUUUAAACACACCCCCUGACUCAGAGCCUUACGCUCACUUGGUUGGAACCGCGGGCACGGAGGACGAAACCACUCCCGCAACCAUUCUCCAACCAGCAAUCACCUUUCCGCCAGGCGUCUACACCAACAUUGUGCCUGGCUUCAAGGCGAUUCUUGACGCUGUGUUCUUCACCUCGCACUCGACCAAGUGCCUCCAGGUCUCACGCGCGUACUCGUUGCCAACUGAGGCAGAGGUCCUGGCUGCAGGCCGCUGUGCUGAAGAAAUCAACACCGUGCUUCCACCUCUGAUUGAAGAAAAGGACGGCGGUCUGUGCCUCCCCAAUUCUCAGUUCCCUUCAGACCACCUUGCACUAAUCGUAGACUUCUUGAUUUCGCCUUAUUUGUGGUGA